CUUGCCCUUAUAUAAACCCUCUUCACUAAUCAAUCAAAUAUCAUUAACUAAUAAUCAAUCACUCGCAGUUAGUAAAUAAUCACUCAACAAUCAACACCGUGAAAAUGGCGGGCUCUUCCUCCUCCACAGUAACGAAUUUAAUCUCCACCGUCCAUCAAGACAUCAUAGAGACUCACAUCCUCACACGCCUCGACGGUCCAACCCUAGCCUCCGUCUCCUGCGCCUCCACACACCUUCACAAGCUCGCUUCCAACGAACUCCUCUGGUCCAAAAUCAACUCCUCCACGUGGCCUUCCACCGCCACCAUCUCCGACCAUCACCGUUCUUUUUUCUCCGACGUGUAUUCCGUUCUCGACACCCCCGGUUCAGUUUCUGAUCCCCACCGUCCGCUUCCGGAACUGAUCUCCGCCGUUGAUCUUCACUACAGAGGGAAACUGAUUCUAAGUAGAGUCGUGAAGACGGAGACCACGACGGAGUGGUUCCGUAGCUCGCCUCUGAGAAUCGAUCUCGUUGAUGAGAAGGACUCCGUGGAGACGCCUAUCAAGCGAGGACGGUGGACGGAGGACACGUGUCGUGAUCUAGAGGAGGAGUUGACUCUGAGCUGGAUCGUGAUCGAUCCGGUCGGAAAGCGUGCGGCGAAUCUGUCGAGUCACAGGGCGGUGUCCGUGGAGAGGAGCUGGCUGAGCGGUGAAGUGGAGGCGAAGUUCGCGACGGUGGUGGGGUCGGUGGAGUGUGUGAUCACGGUUGUCACGUGCGGGGAGGAGGUGAUGCACGUGAGGGAAGUGAGUCUUGAGGUGGAGGAGGUGGAGGGAACGAGAUUGAAUGGGAAGGACAGUUUGGUCAUUUUGAGGAGUGUGAUGGAGGGUAAGAGGGGUAAUGGAAGAAGGAGGGAAGUGGAAGCGAAGAGGAGACACGAAGAGUUUAUGGAGAAGAGGAGAGAGGUGAAGGAGAAGAAGCUGAGGGUGGAUUUGGUAUUUGACAUUUUAUGUGUCGUUUUUGGGGUUCUAGGGUUUGGAACACUAGUUGGGUUCUGUCUUUGGUCUCGUUGACUUUUUAGUUUUUAGGUUUUAUAGUAAUCAAUAUUUGAGAGCCUCUAGAUGAAUCAAAAGCUUUGCGAUAAAACAUAAUUUUCAAUAACUUUUCCACACCAUGAUACUCACAAACAAGCACAAUAAGAACAUUUAUAAGUCCAUUACGAUCUUUACAAGAAAGAAAAUGUGAAAAUUAAUGCCUUUUUAGGGCAAUGGCUGAGAUGACGAUGAGAAGGAUGAAGAAGACAACCGCUAUAGAAGCGGCUACAACUGCACUACUCACGGCUUGGCAGAAGUCUCCAAACUGCUGACAAAUGGGGAGCCAAUUAGCGUUUGGGUUGCCGUUAUGGGCAAGGUAGACAAUUGCGGCUGCAGCAGCUGCCGCUGAUGUGGUUUGUUAGUUAAGUUACGGUAUCGGAGAUGAGGAGGAUCAACCGGGGGGCGGUGGCAAGUGGACGGAUAAUGGUUACAAUGGAGAAGGGAAGUGAAAGGACGAGAUAGCUGGCGACCAUGGCUAUGGAUAUCACAAAGAACCUUCAAAAACGAUAUACCUUUAUGUAUGUCAUUAAGUCACUAACCGGACAAGUUUAACAAAGUAAAGACGUAUGUUUCAUUCUGGUUAGAGAUAUACUAUAUAUACGCAGUUAUUUUGUAAAAAUAUGAUGUAAAUUUGUAGUCAUGCGAUAAGAUAAUGGAAAAUGACUUACUGAAAUGUGG